UAACUGUAUGCAAGCCAAAACUAGUACGCUGGGAUUGGAAGCCAUGAUGGGGCAAAUGCUUGAAAUCUCAAUGUUUGAACUGAGAAACACUGUAACAGAACUGGAAAAAAGACUUAGCAGUGUUGAAGAUGAAGGUAAUGAAUGGAAAACCAGAUAUGAGACACAAGUAGAAUUGAACAAACAGCUGGAAAGGCAAAUUAAUGUUCUUCAAGACAAGAUGGAGCUUAUUCGUGGAAAUCCAGCAGAUAAAUUGUCCAUUGUUCGCACCUUGGAUCAAAUGCCUGUGGGUUCCUUAAAGGAGGUUCUUAAACAACUAGAAGAAGAGAAGAGAAGUCUCCAGAAUCAGCUAAAAGACUAUGAACUUAGACUGGAACAAGAAGCAAAGGCUUACCACAAAGCUAAUGAUGAGCGGCGCAUGUACCUCUCAGAGAUCUUACAGACCUCAGCUACGCUUAAAAUUGUUGAAAGGCAAAAACCAGAUGCUCUGACAGGCAAAGGAGAAAACCAGAUACUGAGAGGGAGAUACAGUGUUCCAAGAAACCCGAAGAUGGUUAAUCCUCAAAAAGGAUCGAUUAAAAAGACUGUAGGAGUGAAGGGGCUUCCAAAACUAAAGCACUGAUUUAAUAUUAAUGGCAAGAACUUCCAAUCGCUUUUUUAAAAAUUUAAUUUAACUGAAAGUUUCUAAAUUGAAAAUGAAUGUAUUUGUGCCUUAUUAUAAUACCCAACCCAGAUUGGCAUGUCUUCUUGGCAGCCUUAAUGUAAGUGUUCCUCUGCCUAAUGGAAUUGUUCUUGUAGUUGCCAUCUUUGUUCUGGUGAUCUCUGACGCUUUCCAUUCUGGUUCUCAUCAGUGAUUCUGGGUGUCAGGGAGCUGGAAGCCUUGGAGAACAUUUAAUGUCUUUAUACACUAGGUAGAUCCUUGAACUCUGACUGCACAGCAACCGUUGAAAACAAACAAGCCUCUAGCAUUUUUGACCUCUCAACCAAGAAGGAGAAGGCAGACUGAUGUAACCUGAAGUAUUAUCUCACCACCCAAAACAGUAAAUCUCAGAUAAAAUUCCAUCCAAGGGCAUCCCCAUUCAGUAGAGGCAGCAAAGAGAGACUCUGAAGUAGUCUGAUGUUGGUACAGCUGAACAUGCCUUUCAUUUGGCUUUUAAAAAGACCGACAGCAUAGUUUACUAGCCAGUCUGAUUUCUUACAUGAUACCAUACAGUACAGUCCCUUUACAGUUUAAAGUUGUUAUAUAUUCCAUGAGCUUUCUUACUCUAGCAGAGAAGACAAAACACCUGCAAAUCUAACUUUUUAAAAGUUGGCUUGCCACAGAUCCUGUGUUGACCACCACUUUCUGUCUGCAUGGUUUAGAAGCACAGCACCAUUUCCAGCUACUUUAGGCACUAGUAAUGGGUAGAAAUGAAAGAAAAAUUGAGCUCUUUUUAUUAAGGAUUCUUCAGAGCCUAUCUUGUGGAGGGAUUGUUUCUUGUAAACACUAUAUACACAUUAUGUUUCCUGACAUUGGUAUGUUGCUAUUUGAAAUUUGAACUCUCAGAUGAACCUUUGUAUGCACAGUCUGGGUUCCAUAAAAAUCUCUAUGUAUUCUCCAGUGGCAGUGAUCCAUGUAUUUUUAGGGUCCAGAAUAGUGCCAGUCUUUAAAGUCAUCUCUUCAAUGAAAGUAGAACUACUGUGUAUUUUCAUUCUUAAGCAUGCAAUUAUUGUUGCAGUAUCAUUACCUACAUUUUAGUCAUUAAACUUCAGCAGAAUUUUUUUAAGUGGCAACAGGAAAAAUGUUUUGGUAAUGAAGCUUCAAGCCUCUGGGUUACAUCUUAAAAGCUCUUGGCAGAGCAAAUGUGAUUGAUUGACUGCCCUUUAUUUUUAAGAGCAUCCCUAGCUCUUUGCAGUAUCUAAUAAAGCUUUUUGCCUCUUUAAGAGCAGUACUAAUAGUUCCUUAUUACUGGCAGCAUUAAAGUGAGGCUGUAAUUAAACUCAUACAAAAAGAUCAGUGAUGUCAUUCUAAAAUGCGGAGAAAGAAGACCUGCAGUAUUGUACAGCGUAUUCAGUAUGGAAACCCCAUUUUUUUCUCUUACAUAGUAUGAGAUUUAUUACAGAUAUUUCUUAUGUUCCCAUGGUGCACCUGGUAUCAUUCUUUCAUAAGCAGGGCGGUCUGCCUGGCCAGUUUUUUCCUUACAGUCACAGUUGAAAGCAUAGCACAGCUGAUUAGGUUAGCACUCUUCUGUUGCUGUUUUUCACAUGGAAAAUUUCCAAAUUUUGAUUGUGCUGGCAUUUGUCAUUGUGGAGAAGGAGAGGGAGAAAAUCACCAUAAUGGUCCUUUUGGCAGAAAAGACAAGGGACAUCUGCAGUAGUGAAGAAUAUCCAGUUCUUGGAUUCAUGCAGCAGACAUUUACUGCUGCUGUCUCUGAAUCAGAUGUUAGUCAAUGCACUCAAGUCCCGUCCCUGUAGCACCUCAAAAUAACUGGAAACAUUGCACAAAUGUGGCAGAACGGCAUUUAUUUGCAGCAGGAGACUUGGAUGCUUCCCUCAUGGGUAGUCCUCUAUGAGGACUUAAAAAGAGACAUUUUUUUUGAAGCCUAAAAAGAGACAUUUAUUGGUACAGUUUGGUACAGUAAUGACCUGAGGAGAGGAGCAGACUAUGUCCUACUUAGUCCCUGUUUCAGCUUGCCAAGAGCAAUCUCAGGCUCUGAAACUCAGUAGCAUGAUAAUUAAGCCCUAAAACAUGUGUUUGACCAUUCUAAUUGUGUGUCGAGCUGUAAUGUUUGCUGUGCAAAAUGGUUAUAGUUCUGUACUCUUACUCUUUGAAUUACUUGGCAUUUCAUUUUCCUCCCGCCUUUCUGAAAACAAGGGCACCCUGAUGAUUAAGUUUGAUGACUCAAGUUUCUUCGCAACAGCAAAAAGAUAGUUUUUAGUUUCAGAAGUGUUGUGUUAUUUCUUUGGACUUGAAUAAAACUUUUACACUGCUAGCUUUCCCAAACCAUGUUGGAAUUUUUGGUUUGCUUUGAUUUGGCGGUUUUGGAUGGAUGAGUGUUUUGAAAUUCCUGGCUUUAUCUUGCACGGACUUUUCUCACUACUGCUAUACUGUGCUGUGAAAUAGGCUUUGUUUACAUUUGCAGCAAUGAACAGUUAGUUACAUGUCUUUAUACAAUAUCUUCUAUAUGAAUAUUUCAGCACAUUUAGGAGUAAUUAAUCCUUCAAAGCAGAGUAUGUACUAUUAUUUUAGGCACAGAAGACUGAAUCACAGAGCUAGGUUUAUUUAAAGUAGAGAUGGGAGUGUAGUGAUGUCUGGUUUUUCCCUGAUUUCAUGACAGGGUGAUCUUUUGUAAUGUUGCUAACUGUUGCAAGGUAAAUUCUGUCUCCUCUAAAGUCUCUGUGUGUCGUAUUCUAAACUGGACGAAUCUGAAGCCAAAAAUGGGAAAUGGAAUUGCUGACAGUUGUGGUCAGUGAGUGAAGGGAGCGAAACGUCAGAGGAAGGUAGGAUUAGAGCUGAAGGUUUGAAUCUGGCCAAACUUCUUCCUGCAGCACAGAAUGUAAUUGGGAUUCCAGAUACACUGGUUGUAAUGGGUAAGUGCCUUUAAUUGAUGGACCGAGAAAUUUGAUAUCCUAACUCUUGGGACUUGAGAGUAUGCUUCCUUUACGUGAUUACUCAUGUAACUCCACUGAUUUCAGAUGAGUCAUGAUUUUGAGGGAACUAUGGCAUUUUAAGUAUUUACCCAUGUUGUUACUGGAAAAUAUGAAUUAAAAAACUCAAAUGCUGGUAAGCAAACAUUUCUUAUUUCCCAAAAAAACUUUUAUUUUUUAAGUCUCGUGAUUUAAGAGAGUAUUGAGUCGUGAUUUUUCUUUUUAAUAAAUCUGUAUAGCACCACUGUUUUCCUCUAUGACAGAAUAAAAUUAAAAUGU